UCACUUUGAUCGCAGUCAACAUGAAGUCACCAAAUCGAUUACUGACAUACAUAUUGUAUUGUAUUUUAUUGACCUAUAUCCCAACGUUACCUGGAGCUGUGCAAGUACAAUCACAACGAGAUGAACUAUGCAAAAAGUUGUCUAAAUCUCCCAAUUUCAACCUCAAUUACGUAUCAGGGAAACCAUGGAGGUUUUACUAUACGUGGGUGGUAAAUAUGGGAAACCGCUGCAUGGAGAUGAAAUUUUUGCGAGUUACGAGAAGGCUUAUAGACAGAAUUGGUGUAACCAUGAUUGACUACAUGAACGAGGAUAUAAAUUGGUACACCGCCACCAUGAUGACUUCUGUACUCAGGAUACAAACGGCAAAGAACGAAAAUCCGCGAGAAUCACUCAUGUUCCCUGAAAAAGGAAACCCAGGUGGAUUCAGAGGUGUGCCUAACAUGGCACAGAAUGUUGGCGAAUUCGCCAAAAACUCCAUUCCAUUGACCCACCAAGUGUUCAAACUGUUCAACGGAGGCAAGUUUCUCGUGAUGGCAGACUGCAAUCUUGGACUGGCCGCCUUGAUGGCCAGACCUAACCAGACACUCUACAGGUCAGAGAUUUUGGCAAUGGCUGAAGAGAUCUGGGAUGCUGACGGGUACCUGAUCUGCACAGAUGAUAAGAAUAAGAAUGAAAUAGAAGGAUCUUUGGCUGAGUUCAAUGAGUCGCCGCAGAAAAAUAAAAUGUACUGAUAAUCAAUAA